UAAAGAGCUUGGAAAUCCGAGGUUACGUGGAGACCUUGAAGGCAUCUUGAGCGUCGGUCCCCCACCCCUGAAGCGAACGGGGCCACAUCCAGCAGAGCCGCAGUUCUCUCGGAGCUUUUCAUCCCGCACGGUCCUCCGCCUGAGCCCGGUUCCACUGCGCGGAUCCUCCCGUCCAUCCGAACCGGGGGAGCGAUGCGACGUCCCGGAGGAGAGAGCAGCGGAGACCAAGCGGCCGGGCAGCAGCGCACACCUGUGAGGAGCAUCUGACUUAGUUUCCACUAAAGAAAGGUUUUUUCCGGUCUCCACUAUGACUGAUGGGGAUUACGACUACCUGAUCAAGCUGCUGGCGCUGGGCGACUCCGGCGUGGGGAAGACCACCUUCCUCUACCGCUACACCGACAACAAGUUCAACCCCAAGUUCAUCACCACGGUGGGCAUCGACUUCAGGGAAAAGAGAGUGGUUUACACGGCUUCAAACCCGAAUGGAACGACGGCGGGAAAAACCUUCAAGGUUCACCUGCAGCUCUGGGACACGGCGGGACAGGAGAGGUUCCGCAGCCUGACCACGGCGUUCUUCAGGGACGCCAUGGGCUUCCUGCUGAUGUUCGACCUCACCAGCCAGCAGAGCUUCCUCAACGUCCGCAACUGGAUGAGCCAGCUGCAGGCCAACGCCUACUGCGAGAACCCGGACAUCGUUCUGGUCGGGAACAAGGCGGACCUGGCCGACCAGCGGGAAGUCCAGGAGAAACAGGCCAAGGAGCUGGCCGACAAAUACGGGAUCCCGUACUUUGAGACGAGCGCAGCCACCGGUGCGGAGGUGGACAAGGCGGUGAUCACGCUGCUGGACCUGGUGAUGAAGAGGAUGGAGCAGUGCGUGGACAAACCGCCGGCCGACCCCGCCAACGGGAACGGCGCCGCCAAGCUGGGCGAAGGAGCGCCCGACCCGAAACGAUGCGCAUGUUAGACCCGGAGACGCUCCUCCGUCCUCCUCACGUCCCGUCCGUCUCUUACUUCCCUCCCUGUCUGUCCUCAGCAUGUUACUGUCAUCUUUCAAUCAUUCCUGUUUGCAGCUCUGACAAUAAACACACUGCAGCUCCCUCUAGUGGACACCACUAGGCAUCGCAGCCUCCGCCUGUCAGCCUUGAGAAGCAAAUUGAACCAGGAGGGGGCGCCGUCAUCGCUGUCAGACGCAUAAUGUGCCUCGCUGAAAACCUGCAGCCUGGGAAUUAAACUCUGCACGCUCCCUGCUUCACCGUUUAUCCAACGUCCGUUCAUGGCUUCACAGCAGGAAAAGGUCGAACUUUGAGUCAAAUCUGGGCUAAAACUAGUUUAAUGCCAGGCUGUGUGAAUGAAGCAUUUUAUCCUGGACCACAAUGAGGAUUAGUGGGACCAAUGUGUUUUAAUUAUAUUCUUUGAUUCUCUCCGCUCUGUGCUGGACCGGUACCAACCACACAUUAGAGAAGCUUUGUUUUAGACGUUUACUGAACAUGUGCCAAAUGUGUUUUGUAUUAACGGGCUUUACUGGGAGUCUUUGACACAAACAUGGAGAGACUCCAGCAGCGUUUCUCAACAUAAAACUGUGUGUGAUGUCUUUUUGUGACCAGUUUGUUUUAUUUUUUUAUUAAUCAAAGUUUUUUAGCUAAUUUAUGGGAGUAUUUCAGCUUCAGCCAAAACAAGGUGUCCAGGAAAAACAUAAUAUUCAGUUUAGUUUAAAAAUAAAUGAAAAUAGAAACAUAACUUGACCUGAAAUUGUAGUCAAAAAUGAUACAAGGUCAGCUAACCAUCACUAACUGUUAAAUUGCAAGUAGAAAGUGGUACAGAUUAGCUUAGCAGUUAGCUUCUGUAGCUGCUAGCAUGAUGCUAAUGUAAAACCUGCAGCUCAAGAUUUUGUUAAGAUAAUUUAAGUCAUAUUUCUUGCUUUACUUCUUGCUCUGUGAACAUUUUUUAUUUCUCACUAACUUCACUAACAUGAUGAAGAUCAAGCUAACCUAGCUUAGCCUACAAUGUUUUGUACAUCAAUGGUAAAGAAAUUACAGUGGCUCUUAAAACUGUGUUUACCAGUUAAAGAUCAGACAGUUUCUACAGUUAGUAGUGAUAUUUGUCAGCUGUUCAUCAAAAGCAAAUUCUUUUAUUUUCACAGGCUGUCCACACUUUUAAGAUACACUGCAACUAAACCGUCUUUUUGUUUUGGUAUGUUGUAAUAAAUAUGUUAUUAUUGUGGACAUCCACCACAAAUGGUUGUCCAAAAUUAAACGACCUCUGUUAACAUUUAUUUACUUUUUUGAAAGGCAGAUACAAAAGACUCAUUGGCUAAUGUAGCAUGAUGCUAGCCAGUUAGCUUUCAUAACUGCUAGCAAGAUGCUAAUGUAUCAACAGUAGCUCAUUUUCAUUUUAACUGAAAAAUAAAGUUUUCAGGUUUUGUUUAUUUUCAUUUGGUUUACUUCUGAUUAGCUUUUCCAUCUUUUGCAUUCCACAGAAGGCACUAGCAUGCUAAAGAUAGUCUAACUUAGCAUAGCCACCUAGCAUUUUUUAGCACAACAUAAAAUUGAUUAGCAUUGGCAUCGUUUUGUCAUCUGUACACUUUAAAGCUACAGUUCAUUUCCAGCCCAAAGGAACUGACGUUUAAAGCGAAUGAAGCUCAGUUAGCAUAAUUAUACCUAAUGUAGCUUCAGUGCUACACAGUUAGCUUCAAAGAUAUUUUAAUGUAACAUCAGCUCAAGCUUUUUCUCAGUUGGGUGACUUCAUAUUUUUUAAGCAAUUCUAUGUAUAUUUUAUUGUCUUUAUCUGCCUCACUAACUUAUUUUAUUCAUAGUCAUGCUAGCUUAGCAGAGCCAACUUUUUUUUACACAAACAUCAGAGCAUAGAUGAAAUUAAUUAAACCGACAUUGUUUGAUUCUUCAUAUGGUGUAAACAUUUGAAUGUUUUAACUGUGGAUGUCCAUCACGGCUGUUAAAAUAAUAAAUACUCAGUUAGGCUGCCGUUCGUUUUUGUCUCUUUGCCAUUUUGCAUUUUUGUUUUUUUCAUAUCCGACUUUCUCAAGUACAAACUGUCCUGUAGACGCCGGGUUGUUCGGUACUGACAGAUUUUUAUUACAGGUUGUUUCCUUAAUUCAUAAAAAUGCUUUAAAAAAUAAGUUAAUUGUUUAAUUAAGUGGCUUUGCUAACAGCUACAUGGUGAUGCGUUUUUAGCUAAUGGUUGAAUGAAUUUCCAGAGGGACGACUGACUGGAUUUCUUUAAUUAACAACACUAAAUAUUAUUUGAACAGCAAAUAAAAUCUUUCUACAGUAUUUAUUUACUAAGGUAGCGUUGUUGCUAAGCCAGUAGCCUCCAUACCUGCUAGCAGGAUGCUAACAGGAGUAAUUCAAAGUUUUCCCAUUUUUCUGUCUAAAUGGAAGAAAUCAGUUUUGGUAUUUUUAUGUUUUUUUUUUUUGUUUAAUAUCUUUCUAAUUUCUGUAUCCCACAGAAAACAAUAAUUUACUAAAAGUGAAUCCAAUUAGCUUAGCUAGCUUGUUAGUUUAUCCAAAAACAUGACAGAAAGCUAGCAUGGUUUAGCUUCCUGUCGUGUGUUUUGAGUUUUUUGUAACAGAAACUCAAAGAAAACUUAUUAUACUCGGCAUUGUUUGAUAUUUUGUGUGCUUUAAUAUUACAAAAUAUUACUGUGCACAUUAUAAAAAUAACAUUAAAUUCAUUGAGACAAACUGAGAGUAGGAUUAGCACAUUUUGGAUGAUUUUUAGCUUCAAUCUCACUUUUUAAAACCUGUAUUAUAAAUUCUUUAAGCAUCGCAAAGCAGAAACUUUAAUGAAUGAAUAUUAGGAAAGUUUUAGAGUUUUGGUGCCUAAUAUGCCUCAUUUGCAUCAGAAAGGUUUUCAUAACUUCACUCUUUCUGCCAUUUUUGUGUUGUAAACGGAUUAAGUUGCUCUGUGUUGAUUUUCACCCAAACAUUAAACAUAUUUUUUUCUUGUUUUAAAUUACUGACAUGUCCUUAUAAAUUUAUUCAUAUCAUUAUUUUACCACCACUGUGCUUCAUUGUUGGCUUAUUUACUACACUUACUAAAACUUAUUAGUUUUAUUGUUUUUUGGGAACAAUUAGUUUUAUUUAGCUGUGCCUGGAAGAUUGCAAAAAAAAAAAAAAAACAAACUUGCUGCUGCAGCAUUAAUUUUAUGGAAUACCUCACAUGCCAAGAAUGGCUCGAAUGACCUGUGUUGGAGAAAUGAAGAAUAAUCUGCAUAUUAAUAAUAAAAAUACAGAAUUAUUUCAGUAAUUCAGAAAAACACCAAAUGAGCUCCAGACUAAACAAUCUGGAUUAACUCUGUUAGCAUCUUUUAAUGUUUCAGAAAGGAGGAAUAUUUCAUUAAGUCAUUAAAUCAUUUUAAACCUCCAUAAAUAAUUACAUACAUGUAUUUGUUUCCUUGCAUGACCAGUUCUGAAACCAAUGCCUUGUAAUCAUGACAAUCUUUUGAUACGGUUAGUUGUCUGCAUCAGUGUUUAUAUUUUUUAAAGCUACUGUUAGCUUAAUGCUUUAUAUUUGACUUUGUUUGUGGUUCUUCUCAACACAUCUGUCAUCUUGAAAGCAGAACAUUAUUUUGCGUUGAUCUUCAUGUUGUGCCUGUUGAACCUUCCUGUCUGUGAGGUUUUGUCGGCUGAAUGUCUGAAUUAAACGGAUCAGAAAGUCCUGAAGUCGGUUUUGUUUCUCUGAUGCCUGCAGUUUAGCUGGUUUGUUGCGUUAGCGCUGAGCGUAUCGAUGCCGCAUGUUUGACACGAUGAGAACAACAUCAGAUGCUUUGUGCUUCUGGUGCCAGAGCUGAAAUAAAUCGGUUGGUUUUAUCCUCA